GAGAGGAGAGAGAGAGAGAGAGAGAGAGAGAGAGGUGAACCCGCGGCCGGAGCGCAGCGCCCCGACAUGUCGACAAGUGUUCCAUCAGUUUGAACCGCCAUUGUUUCGUCGGGAUUCCUCCAGGAGCGACCUGUCGCCGCGGCCCACCUCCGAGGUUCUCUAGCCAAAACAUCUCAUUUGAUAAAGAAGAUAUCUUCAAAGAUCUGGAUGGACAAUAAAGCUGUAAUGUUGUUUUGCAUCUUUUUGAUACCUGGAUAACUUCUGGAGCAUAAACAUUGUGUUGUUUGAGGAUUUUUUUUUUUUUUUUGCUGUGGUUUUUCACAAACUAGUGCUCCAGGAAAAGCAAUGGAGACAGAAGAGAAGGAGGUUGUAUCACAAAAACGCACAGCUAAUAUAAAGGCCGAGGAAGAUGUGACCUCUGGACACACCUGUGGGGUGUGUGGUCGCAGCUUUCCUCUCCUCAGCUCUCUCUCCCAGCACAUGAGGAGGCACACGAGAGAGAAGCCGUACAAGUGUCCGUACUGUGAGCACCGGACAGCUCAGAAGGGCAGUCUGAAAGCCCACAUCCGAAGCCAUAAACUGGGCCUAUUCAGCCAUAAUGCCAUUGACAAGGAGGGGGACUUAAGUAAGGAGCAGAAAGAUAACACAGAGAUCCCAGACCCUCCUGAAGUCGUCAGCACCCUGGACAAAGCUCAUAAUGUCAACGGGAAGGUGAAGAAAAAAGCGACGAAGAAAAAAGUUAAGGGUAAAGAUAGGGCAGAGGUUGGUGAUGCUGGGUCUUUUACUUGCGCAAUUUGUGGCCAGGUUUUCCCUCAGGUACUACUCCUUAAAGCCCACAUGAAAAGGCACCGGAGUACCCAGGAUCACGGUUGCCGGAUAUGUGGACGCCGCUUCCGCCAGGCGUGGUUCUUACAAAGUCAUAUGCGCAUUCAUCGGGUCAAAGCCCAGUUGCGGGGCGGCAAAAGCAACGAUCUGCCUGCCACAAUCAAUGGAGUUCCCCAGGACCCGGCAUCCCUGAUAAACGAAGAGUGCCUCUACGAGCUCUGCGCUGGCUGCGGUAACUUCUUCUAUGACCGCAAGACCUUGCGAACACACGAGAAGCUGCAUAAACUGAACCACAGCCGCACGCAAACACAAAAUCCCUCACAAGAAGACCAUGAGGCCUCAGAGCUGCAAAUUACUAAGAGGCAUUUUUUGGAAAGCUUGAACCUCGCAUCUGUCGGCGCAAGUCAUAAAUCUGAGGAAGAGAGCCCGGGCAGGAGAAUUCCAGAGCUGGAUCCAGUUUGUAGUUACCAGGCGUGGCAGUUGGCCACAAAGGGACGUUUAGUGGAGGCCACAGAGAAAUGUCUGGGGUGGGAGGAGAGACUGGCUGAUGCUGAGGUGGCAUAUGACAUGGACAAGGGUGAGUAUGUUCCCCUGAAGCAGGAGAAGAAGAGGAGGCAGAUCGACAACUCCGGCUCCAACAUAAAGAAGAAGAAGCGGGACACGGGUCUCGAUCACACGUCAAACAGCCUGGCUCAUGCUAAAGGGGGCGACAAGAGGAUUUGCCAGAAGGAUCGUAUUCUGCUGAACGGACUUGGUCAUGCAUUCUAUGAAGCGCUGCAUAAUCAUAAGAAGGUGAAAGAAGACCAUUGCUCACCUAAACAGACCAACAGCAUCAGGGGACAAGAGGAGGAUAAAAAACCCUCCUUCUGCGAGCACUGUGAUUUCCACACUGUUGACGCCUCUCUACUCAGGUCUCACCUGCACAAGCACCACCAGGACUUCCGGGGCUCCCAGAGCAAACAGGGCACCGUUAUGGACAACAUAAGCCAGACUGGUUCCAAAACCUCAAGAUACAUGGACUACCUCAGAAACAGGAGUGUGCUCCUCAGUCAGCCAUACUGGAAUCCGUAUACGAGUCUCGCUGGCCAGGCAUCUGCAGAGUCAAACAUUAAAACAGAAAAGUCAACUGUUAUAGAGGUCAAAGGGCACGGACAUUCGGCCGAUGACGCUGACAGUCUUCUCAACCUGUCUUCUUUGCCCUUAAGUGAAGGAGACAGCACUGUUAAUUAUCCAAUAAAAGCAGAGGGCCUGGUGAGACACCAGUGCACAUACUGCUCCCACACCACCAACUACCCAGAGGUUCUAUGGAUCCAUCAGCGAGUUGCGCACAGGGUGGACGGUGGCAGCUCCAUGGCACCCAAGUGGGCACCGUGCACUAACAAUCUCAAGGGUUUAAAGGCAGGCGUCUCCCAUUGGAGACGAACGGGGCCCCCUCCAUUCCUCGAAGGCAAGGACUGUCCAGCUUUAUCUGCCCCAAGAACUCAGCGCACACAGUCCCCAGGCUCCACAACCCCCAGCAGCAAGCACUCGGCAAGUACCCAGCCUCAGUCUAAAACCCAAUCAGGUGUCCCCAAGUCCAAGCACCAGUCGAAGGACUCGCGCUCUUCCGAUGGGACACAUUCCAGCGGGAGGGUGGGAUCCCUACCUCAAAAGAAGUCUGGUGGACAUAGCCGGGCAGCAGAGGGGGGAAGUAAAGGCUCCAGCGCCCAAGCAACAUCGUCAAGCAGCACUGUGCACAACAAGAGUGUCUCCAGUUUCCAGCCAACCAGCAGCCCCAAACACAGAGGCCACAGAGCUGCAGUGGAGGGAAACUUCCCUCAAGAGGGUCUGGGUUUUAUGUUGGCCAGGAGUCACAGCGGGACUUCUUCCAGCAUGGGUGCAGACAGACUCCAUCCACGCAGGCAGUCGUGUGACUCGUCUUCAGGUGUCAAGGGUCCUGAUCUGUGUGCUGCCAUGAACAUGUGGGGGCUACACGGAAGCAAAGCAUAUUCUGAACCGCUGCUUUUUGCUCAGGGAAAGAGUGAGGGAACAGGAGAAAUGCCCAUGGAGGUUGAUAUUUUGAGCCUCCUGAAGAACUACAGCCCCCACGAUCUGGCUGCUCUCUAUCAGCACUGGGGGUUCGUCGACCCCAGGAUUGAUCCACAAGCAAUGAUGACGUUAAAUGGAAAUUUUGGAAAUGAAGUCCAUUCCUCCUCUGACGCUUCCAGACAAGCGAACAGCCGCUCCACUUCAUCCUCAGGGUCUCUUCAUAGAGGAACGUGAAGACACAUCAUGUUCCUGACGGCUUCCAGCUUACAUGACACUAACUGCAGAACAAAGAGGACUGUUGUUGUUUAAAGGAACCAGCCAUAACUCCUACAGGACAGGGGAACCAGAUAAUCCACAAUAUACUGUAUGCAAAGCAAUGAGGUGGACUCUUGAUUUUUUUUGUCAUAGUGUAUGGCUGUUUUAUUUGAAGUGUUAGGCAUGCCUUUCUUUUUAUAUAUAGAUAUAUUAGUUAUCGAAACACCCAGGUGGAAAUGAACAGAGAAGCUACAUUUACAAGGAUUAAUAAAAGGCCCAAACACGAAACAAUCUAAAAUAUCAAAUCUUACAAAUAAAGAUGCUAAAAACAUUCACAAUUAUAAAGAUGUUUGCUAUGCUUGGAAUGUUUCAGUGUUAUGUUCUUUAUGAAGCUUUUUUUUGUAAUUGUCUCAAUAUUCAGAAUAUGCAACACGGCAAUUAAAUUAUAAAUAAAAUUCCUGGUACAAUAAUGUCACAUAACAGUUUUAAGCCCACAUUAACACAAUUCUGUUCAGUAUCAUGACGGUAAAUUCAAAAAAGGUGCUCAGUCUCAGUAGAUUUCUUUUCAGUCACAGUGAAACCCAGCAGAGGAAUCUCUCCCACAGUUUAACUAACACAACGUCGCCAUCCCACUGCACGCAGCAGCUUAAUUAGAGCUAAAUCUGACCUGAAUCCAGGCUGCUCACCAUCACACACACGGAAUUAUCACUCUGAAACUGAAUGUUGUGAUCAAAUUGUUCUGCAGGCCACGAUCUGAUGUGGUGAACUGGCUUCAUACUCAAAAAGCUCAACCUCACUAAAAUGACUAUUCACCUUAUUUUGGACACGUACCAUAAACAUAUAUUUUAUAUAUUUUUUAUGACAACAAACUGACACUAAAUCAGUAUCAAAUUUUGUUAGAAUUUGAUCCUUUUUUUUGAUCAUCAUGGCCUUUAUCAUUUAAUUUACAUGUACACAUGCUGUAAGAAAACCAGAGAACGCAUGAUUAAAUUGGUGGCCAUUUUUGUUUGUGGCAAAACUUAAUCGGUGAGCGAUGAAAAGGGGUUUCCUGAAUCCUAUAAUUCUCCGUGCUCAAAUCUGUCCUUUGUCUCCAAUCAGGAAAAUAGUAUAAACAUCUACACUUGAGUUCAGUUACUUUUAUUUGUCCCAGAUGGAAAACAACAACACAAGUUACAGGAAAACAAGAACAAAAGCACAUGAAUGUUUCCUGUGCAUACAACACAUAACACAACAAAGACUCAAAACUAUUUAUUAAUUACUAAAUGACGAGCAAAUUAAGCAGAUUUCUUGCACGGGGGAACAAAUGCAUUUUUUACUCCUAUUGCACUUAACUCAGGGUAGAUAUCAAUAAAUGACUUGUAAAACUAAGAGAUCAUUACCCUAUCAAAACAUUUAAGGAAAGCUGUCCAUGCUUAGGGACGGCAUCCGAAUUAGCAUCACAUUUCAGGUCCUUUCAAUGACUAUUCCAAGAUAUUUGUUCUGUUCUACAAAUCCAAUGCCAAUUCCUUUGUCUGAGGUUGUGGACGAUCUUUUAAAAAUCAAUAGCCAUAUCUUUGGUCUUUGUGGCACUUUAAUCGGAGGAAGGCCUCAUUACACCAAUUCACAAACUCGUCAACCAUCACCGGCCCACGAUUCAUCUUCAUGGAGGCUGACGAGAACUGUAUCAUCAGCAGAUUUCAGAAUGUGCCUAUCCCCCCCACGCCUGCUUCUACAGUCAUUGGUGUAAAGAAUGUACAGCCAGGGGGACGGGACACAACCCUGAGGAGAGCCACUUGUUCCACAUUGUUGUAGUUAUGUAGCAUUUUAACGCUGUGAUUUUUUUUUUUAAACUAGAGACUGUAGCAAUACUUUCUACUGCCAGUUGAGCGAUUGAAAAACGACAGUUUUAAAAUACUUUUUUUGAAAUCACCUCAUUCUCAAUUUGUGUGUUUUCUGUUUGCAGAUUUGUUUAGCGUGUUUAUAUUUUAGUUCUACUCACUCAUGUGUAUUCAUGUCCCAUAGAGAAAUAGUCGAAAAUGCAUUUCGACAGAAAGCCAUCAUGUUAUGGAUUCUUGGGAGAUCUUGAGAAUACAUAAUUUAUUAUUGGAGUAAUUAACUCUUGACUUGUGUGGAAAAGGUUGUUUUGAUUAAUAUUGUAAAUGAUAGUUUUAUUUAAUGGUAUUUUUGUUUAAUAAGAGUGGUAUUUAACACUCCUCGGUACUUGAUAUUUGUAGUAACAACAGAAAAUUUAAAAAAAAUGUUUUGUUUGCAGCAUCAGCAGGGAGCGAUGAUCCUGCAGCAGGUGUUAUUAUAUUUUUUGCAACGGUCGUCUGUAAAGAGGCUGCUGCAGACAGUUUGGCAGGGGAAGAGUCACAGGAAACCACGAGACCGUGAAGUUUUAUGCAAGCCUGAACUUUUCCGUGGGACAAAAGCUUAAAGUUGAGCUUCCACUGGGUUCGUUUUUUGUGACUAUGUAAACAUGUUUCAUAGUUGAUAACGAUGUUGGUAUCAGAAUUUAUAUUUUCACCAGUUCUACGUCUGUCUGUAAAAUUAUUCAAAUAAAGAUGGUUAAUUCUUCAUUUGUGAUUUUUCAAUACACACACUUCUUAUGUCUUCUUUCUUCUGUCUAUCUG